CGGACCCAUAUACCAGAACAUAUAUUUUACACGAACCAGCUACGACGACGACGACAUGGACAGUUUCUCCCAGCCGCAACCGCUUCCAUCCGACUCGCUCGCCGAGGUACGCGCCCAGGUGAAGGCCCUCGAAGAGCAGCAUCGCGCCGCUAAUAUCCCGCUUUCCGGGCGCGUCAUUCACGUCUGCCACUACCUCCCGCUCAGCGUGUCGCAAGCUUCAACCGCUGGCGACGCGCCGCCCUCGCCGCCCCUCACCCCAUCCCACAAAGAGCAGAAUCUUGUGUCUGAGACCCUCUCCGCCGUCAAGGAUGCCGUCGAAUCCGCCGCUUCUGCCGCUGGCGCCUCAUCAGAACCCAAGGCGAAGGCUCCUGCGUCGAAAUGGAAGCUGUCGCCCCGGAUCGGCCACUCGGCGAUGAUAUCCGGCAUCCUGUCUUUGUCGCUCACGCAUGAGCAGGUCAUCGUCGGUUGGACAGGCGACAUUGGCGCGCCUGGGUCAACACCCGAGAACCCCACCAAGAUUCCGAGCUCGUCGCUCACUGAACAAGAUAAGGCUGAUCUCGAGGUUACGAUCGACGCAUACCGGGAAGAAGGCGAAGGCGAAAUCGGCCUCGUCGAGCCUGACACCCAAUCCCCCAGUUCCGAGAAGAAAAGUAUCAAAUAUGUCCCGGUCUGGCUUGACGACGAUGUUGCGCAUGGCCACUAUGAAGGUUACUGCAAAACGACGCUUUGGCCGCUGUUCCACUAUCUCCUAUGGCAGGACGUCGCUACCGAGUACGCGUCGGCGGAUCAGUACUGGCCCGCGUACGAGGCGGCGAACAAGGUGUUUGCGGAGGCCGUACUCAAGGUCUGGCAACCCGGAGAUCUCGUUUGGGUGCACGAUUACCACUUGCUGCUCGUGCCCAAGCAGCUGAAGCAGCUUGAGGCGGAGGCGUCGAGUAAGAAAGAGCUUGUGGGCGAUAUUACCGACGAGGGCGCCGUCGUCGGCCUCUUCGUGCACACGCCAUUCCCCAGCAGCGAGGUGUUCAGGUGUCUCCCGAGACGCCGCGAGAUUCUGGAUGGCAUGCUCGGAGCAAACCUCGUGUGCUUCCAAACCUACUCGUACGGCCGUCACUUUACGUCCUCUUGCGUGCGCGUGUGCGGCUACGAGAUCAGCCCUGGUCGUGGCAUCGACGUUGCCGGCCAUGUGACGAGCAUCAUGCACUGUCCGGUCGGAGUUGAUGCCAACCGUGUCGCGCAGGAUACUCUACGCGAUGGUAUUGCCCCGAAGAUGGAGGCGCUUCGUCAGGUGUACGAGGGCAAGAAGAUCAUCGUUGGCAGGGACAAGCUCGACGUGGUCAAGGGUGUUGUGCAGAAGCUCCGCGCAUUUGAGAAGUUGCUCCAGGACUACCCUGAGUGGAUCGGCAACGUGGUCUUUAUCCAAGUUACCUCGCCCACCGCUCUCUCUCCCGACACGACGAGGCUCGAGCGUCAGGUAUCGGAACUAGUCGCGCACAUCAACGGUGAAUACGGUAGCCUGGACUUCAUCCCUGUUCACCACUACCACCAAACAAUAACGAAGGAUGAGUUCUACGCGUUGUUAGGCGUUGCUGACUUGGCCGUCAUCACGCCGUUCCGCGACGGCAUGAACACCACCUCCAUGGAGUUUGUAAUCUCCCAGGAGAAGACUAAGAAGAGCCCACUCGUGCUCUCCGAGUUUAUGGGCAUUGCCGGUAACAUGAGCGAGGCCCUGCUUAUCAACCCUUGGAACCUCGGUGAUGUGACCGCGGCGAUCAACCGAGGUUUGCUGAUGCCUCAACAGGAGAAGGAGCGACGCCACGCUGCUCUCUACAAGACCGUCACCACCCACACUUCGCACACCUGGGCCGCGAUCCUCGUCAGAAUGCUCCUUGGUCAAGUCAGCGCCCAGGGGCUCGCCCGGCGCACUCCCGUCCUCCCCCGCGAGAAGAUGCAGAGCAUGUACGAGAAGGCGAACAAGCGGCUAUUCCUCUUCGACUACGACGGCACGCUCGCGCCGAUCGUCAAGGUGCCGUCUAUGGCGGUGCCCUCGGAGGCGACUCUCGAGGCGCUCACGAAGCUGAGCGAGGACCCAAAGAACGUGGUGUACAUUAUCUCGGGCCGCGAUGGCGCUUUCCUCGAGACGCACCUUGGCCACUUGAAGAAAUUGGGCAUGUCGGCGGAGCACGGUGGCUUUGUCCGUGCUCCGGGCGAUGCGGAGUGGCAUAACUUCACGGAGUCGCUUGACAUGAGUUGGAUGAGCGAAGUCCACGAGAUCUUCCAGUACUACACCGAGCGGACCACCGGAAGCUCGAUUGAAGUAAAGAAGAGCUCUAUCACUUGGCAUUACCGGAACAGCGAUCCCGAGUGGGGCCAAUUCCAGUGCAUGCAAUGCCAGGACCUGCUCGAGAACAACCUCGUCCACAAGCGACCUAUUGAGGUGCUCGUGGGCAAGAAGAACCUCGAAGUCCGCCCUAUAGCUGUCAACAAGGGCGAGAUCGUCAAGCGGAUCCUAUACCAGAACCCUGACGCCGACUUCGUGUUCUGUGCAGGUGAUGAUAAGACCGACGAGGACAUGUUCCGGGCUUUGCUAUUCCCUACGAAUACUCAGAAGCUGUCUAUGGAACCGCCGCUUUCCGUGACGCUUCUGGAAAAGGACCCGUCGCGGUUUGGCGUCGUCGACCUCGCGCUCACGCUCGACGCCAUAUUCACGACGGCCGUUGGCCACAGUAGCAAACGGACACUCGCAUCGUGGCACGUCACCAGCCCGGAGGCCGUCGUUGAGAGCAUGCUGCACUUGGUGAAGGGCGACCUCGGCACGCAGUAAGCAAAAAGACCGAGUUCGCCGACCAUUGAUGAAAGUCGUGUAUGACGAUUUAGAGGUUUACGAUCACGCCUUUGACUUAUCAUAGAUUCUGAUAGUGGACGUAGUGGAAACAAGAUGGACUACGAAGCGUUUGUAUGUACCACGAUAAACAAUGUAUUUGUUUACGCAAUAUAUUCUAUGUACAUUGGC